GCCAGAAUGACCACACAGCUUCUUCCCGGCUUUAUGGUGUAAGCACCUGACUCGAAGUUCUUGGGAACAACAAAGUGAUUUAAGGCCUGAGAGGAAUGAGCAAUUCAGAAGACACAGAAAGUCCCGCUAAGACAGGAAGCCUGUCAGUGCCUGAUCUAGUCUUGCAGAGUCAGGACUGCCUGGUAGAGCUCGCUUCUGCUGUGCCGUUUACAAGCAGCUGCCGCCCGGGCUCCUGUCAUCAAGCUCCUUCCUUCUCUUCACUGAUGGAUCCCAGGGGGCUUCUCUCCUGGAACGUCCUGCUGUUUCUCUCCCUGGCGUUUGAACGGAGCUGUGGAACAGGUUGCCCGACAAUCUUUGGGCGGUUGGGAAGCAGUGUGCUGCUGCCCCCAGUAUCUGAUGGGAUAAGUAAGAGUAUGAACAAGAGCAUCCACAUAUUAAUCACAAAGGCAGAAUCACCGGAAAACAGGUCCAGUAAGAAAAUCGUGUCUCUUAAGCUGCCAGAAGGAGGCCCUUCAUCCCACCUGGAAAAUGGCUAUAGGUUUUACCCGGAAAACUUGAGCCUGGAGAUCCUGGAAAGCGAAAAGGAGCAUGAGGGCUGGUACACUAUGACCCUGGAGGAAAAACAUUCAGUCCAGCGCUUUUGCCUGCAGCUGAAGCUCUAUGAGCAGGUCUCCACUCCAGAAAUUACGGUGCUGAACCGGACCCUGGAGAAUGGAAACUGCAGCGUGGUGCUGGCCUGCACCGUGGAGAAGGGGGACUACGUGGUUUACAGCUGGAGCACGGAGGCAGGCACCCACCCGCUGAGUGUAGACAAUGGCUCCCACCCUCUGUACCUCACCCUCGGCCCUCAGCAUGCUGACGAUAACUACAUCUGCACCGCAAGCAACCCCAUCAGCAACCAUUCCCAGACCUUCACCCCGUGGUCCAGCUGCAGCUCCUCUUCCCCAGUACCAAGACAAUGGGGACUGCAUGUUGGGCUGCUCUUAGGAGGCAUCAUUGGUGUCAUCCUGAUUGGCCAAGUGGUAAUACUUCUGUUCAGAAGAAGAGGUCACACAGACCAUUACAAGCCAACAGUGGAAGCAAAAAACCUUACCAUCUAUGCCCAAGUCCAGAAAUCAGGUUCUGUUCAGAAGAAACCGGAUCCCCUGCCUGCCCAGGACCCCUGCACCACCAUCUACGUGGCAGCUGCAGAGCCUGCCCCAGAGCCCGCUCAGAAACCAAGCUCCAUCACGGUCUAUGCCAGCGUGACACUUCCAGAGAGCUGACACCACAGCCCCGGGGUAGGGACUGGCGGAAGGAGCACGGAGGAGCCAAAAGAAACACUGAACUUGGCCCCAGGUCUCAAGUUCUCCCGAUACUCUACAGACCAGCACUCCUCGGAUCAACUGCCUGGGGAUGUCGCCUCCACACCCACCAGCGACAGGAACAAGAAAGGGAAGUUUCCCACCCACUCAGUCUGCUCUGUGGGGCACAGGCCCAGGACAGCUUUCCGUCUCCGUGGUGCAGCAGACAGAAUGGACGAUGCAAACCCACGAGUCUAGACCUUCGGCGUCUUGCUCUUUGCCGGGAGUGGAUAAGGAAAGCCACAGGCAGGAAGCCAGCGCGUAGAGCUCCUAGCUCAGGCAGCUGGCCACCACCGGAGCCUGGAACCCUUGCCACUCUGGCUGCCUGUGCUUGGUUCUGGGAGCCGCUGCGGGUCACCACGCAGGCCUGAUCGAGGCCCGGUGCCUCAGGCUCUCUCUCUCUGGAUGGGCCAGAGAUCCUUAUUAUCUGUAAAACACUGUGACAGAAGAAGCUAGAGAGUCAAUAAACUGAAAACAUGGC